GCUUCAUUGACUGAGGUAAAAUACUGCAACACGAAUUCAUCUUAUUAGUUAUUAUUUUGACAUUGUUUUUAUAUUGAUGAUUAUUGUUAUUAGUAAGUGACAUUCCUAUUUAACGUUGCAAAAUGUAUGCUGGUUCCUCAUCCUCUACAAGUAAACAAGAACCUCGAGAUAAAGAUUCAACCAAGGGUAAACCCAACUAUGUCCAGAAAGCAACCCUUGCUGGGCAUACAAAAGCAGUUUCCUCCGUUAAAUUUAGUCCUAAUGGUGAGUGGUUAGCAUCUUGUUCAGCUGAUAAAUUUAUAAAAAUAUGGUCUGCCUUUGAUGGGAAAUUUGAAAAGACUAUCUCUGGCCAUAAACUUGGUUUGUCAGAUAUUGCUUGGAGCACGGACUCUAAAUUGAUUGUGUCUGCUUCAGAUGAUAAAACACUUAAAUUGUGGGAAGUUACUACUGGUAAAUGUUUGAAAACUUUAAAAGGACAUUCAAACUAUGUUUUCUGUUGUAGUUUCAAUCCUCAAUCUAACCUGAUUGUCUCUGGUUCAUUUGAUGAAUCAGUUCGUCUUUGGGAUGUUAAAACUGGUAAAUGUCUAAAGACAUUACCAGCUCAUUCUGAUCCUGUAUCUGCAGUUCAUUUCAACCGUGAUGGAUCUCUCAUUGUUUCUUCUUCAUAUGAUGGUCUCUGUCGAAUCUGGGAUACUGCAUCAGGUCAAUGUUUAAAGACUCUCAUUGAUGAUGACAACCCUCCUGUUUCAUUUGUCAAAUUUUCACCAAAUGGAAAAUACAUUCUAGCAGCAACUUUAGACAAUACUCUGAAAUUAUGGGACUACAGCAAAGGAAAAUGUCUCAAGACUUAUACAGGACAUAAAAACGAGAAAUAUUGUAUUUUCGCUAACUUUUCUUGUACUGGAGGUAAAUGGAUCGUCUCAGGAUCAGAGGAUCAUCUAGUGUACAUUUGGGAUUUACAAAGCAAGGAGAUCGUUCAAAAGCUUUCUGGUCACACUGAUGUUGUUAUGUGUACCUCCUGUCAUCCAACUCAUAACAUUAUCGCCUCCGCUGCUUUGGAAAAUGAUAAAACAAUCAGACUUUGGAGAAGUGACAAUUAGGCUAAAACUAUAUUCUUAAGUAAUUCGACUCAAUUUCAAAUCAAACAGACAAUUUUGGGUUACAUAAUUUAUUGAUUCAUGUCCUUUCAAGGUUUUUAUAUAUUCAUGCAAGAUAAAUAUACACACAAACUAAGAGAAAAACUGUAUCAUAAAAUCCUCAUUUGUCCAAAAAGUCAUCAUGACAAAACACUUAAUUCUUCAAUCUGAGUAAUUAUAUUCAACAGUUACUCGCUGACUAUUUUCAUUGGCCUGAACUCCUAAAAAAGCAUUUCCUUUUUUCGCUUUUCCCAUAUAUUUCUUAUUUGCUCGCAAUUCAUCUCAUUUCUGAUAUUAGGUCGAUCAUUUUCAUAAUGAUGUUCAUGUAAAAGCUUCAAGCAAUUGUUUAAUACGUGAAAACGUAUAAUCAUAUCAAUGGAAACGUAAACAUUAUUGUAAAUCAAAGUAGUCUACGUAAAUCGAUUUAGCCUCUUUUAAUUUCCACAACAAAUCAUCUCUUAAACUUAGCUGAUUAAAAAUCUGCAAAUUUUCAUUUUU